AAGAACCGCACAUUCCUUUACCUCAGUUCAUUGACCUUUCGCCAUAAGCCCAUUUUCGUCUCUCCAUCAAAUCCCUAACUUUAUAAUAUUCUCAUAAUGUCUAAACCCAGGUGCUUCUUUGAUAUUACUGCCGAUGGAAAAUCCAUGGGAAGGAUUGUUUUUGAGUUGAGGGCUGAUGUUGUGCCAAAGACUGCCGAGAACUUUCGUGCUCUCUGCACUGGAGAAAAAGGGUUUGGCUUCAAGGAGUCUUCGUUUCACAGGAUCAUCCCUGACUUUAUGUGUCAAGGAGGAGACUUUACACGUGGCAAUGGGACUGGCGGAAAGUCAAUUUAUGGAGAAAAGUUUGCCGAUGAGAACUUCAGCCUGAAACACACUGGGCCUGGUGAUCUCUCUAUGGCUAAUGCUGGUCCCAAUACCAACGGGUCCCAGUUCUUCAUUUGUACUACAAAGACCACAUGGCUGGAUGGAAAGCAUGUAGUCUUUGGUAAAGUGGUUGAAGGAAUGGACGUAGUUAGAAAAAUGGAAAGUUAUGGAUCCCAGAGUGGAAAACCCUCCAAGAAAAUCACCAUUGCAGACUGUGGUCAGUUGUAAUUCUUUCAUUUGAACUGAAUGAAUGAUCCUAGUAGUGACUUCUUUUUUGUCUUAACAUUGUGAUUUUGAGACAGCUUAAUUUUUCAUUUUUGCAAUAGUAGUAAAAAUUAUUCUCAUAAAAUUAA